UUAUUAUCAUUUGUCUUAAAAAAAGAUUUUUGUGAUUUCUUUUGUAUAAAAAAAAUGCAGCGUUUCAAGCAACUAUUUCCCCUUCAUCGAUGCAAUAUUAUUGGAAUGAUUCAUGUAGGAGCCUUGCCAGGAACCCCGAAAUAUGAGAGAAAUUUUGAUAAAAUUAUCGAAACAGCUGUUCACGAAGCAAAAAUUUACGAAAACCACUCUUGUGAUGCAAUUUUAAUCGAAAAUAUGCAUGAUGUGCCUUACGUGCAAGAUCAAAACUUGGGUCCCGAAAUAACUGCUGCCAUGACACGAAUUACCUCGGAAGUGAAACGAGCUCUUAAAACUCCCACAAAAGUCGGCAUUCAAAUUCUCGCAUGCGGAAAUCGACAAGCUCUUGCAGUCGCCAAAGCAACUGGAGCUCAUUUCGUGCGAGCUGAAGGAUUUGUUUUCUCGCACGUGGCAGAUGAGGGAUUUACGGAUGCCAAUGCUGGAAAAUUGCUGCGUUACAGAAAAAAUAUUGAUGCCGAAAAUGUUCUUGUUUUCACGGAUAUCAAGAAAAAGCACAGUUCGCAUUCAAUUACGCAAGAUGUUAGUUUGGGAGAAACGGCGCAUGCUGCGGAAUUCUUUCUCUCGGAUGGCGUGAUUUUAACGGGAACCGCAACAGGAGAUGCAGCAAAACCCGCAGAUUUGGAGGAACUUUAUGGAAAAAUUAAAAUUCCAGUUUUGAUUGGAUCGGGAGUUACAGCGGAUAAUUUGGAAGAUUAUUUUGACAAGGCUCAAGGGUUGAUUGUUGGUUCGUAUUUUAAAGAAAAUGGAAAUUGGCAAAAUGGUUUAGAAGAAUCGCGUGUUAGAGAAUUUAUGCAGAAAGUGAAUAAAUUGAGGGCGAAAACGAAUUCCAAAUAAAAAAGCUUAAAAAUGAAUUUUUAAAAGAGUGACCAAAUUUUUCAUAUUCUUGUUAUUUUUAAAAUUAAU